UAAUAAGUAUAUGCAGCACAAUCCUUGCAGUUAAAUGUCCUAAGAGUACCUUGCCUAGUUUCCAAAUGGCUCCCCUUUUUCUGUUGAAAACUCUGAUUCUGUGUGAGCUUAUGUUUGUGUUUCAUGUGAAAGCUGAGAGUGAAAAGUGUCCAACCUCUUUUGAGUGUGGGAAACUUGGCACCAUCAUGUUCCCUUUCACUGACUCAAAACGGCCUCAAUGUGGCGUAUUGGCCAUACACGGCUGCCGUGAUAACAAUCCAAAUGCCCAGCAAGUCGUAUUAAACAACAAACCAAAUGGAAGGUUUGCUGUUUUAGACAUUGACUUUCAUACCAUAACGAUAACCGAUUUGGCUCUACAUAAAUCUUUGAAAUCCCAAUCGCAGACGCAGCGUUGCAAAGCCUUCAGCAAUAAUUUGAGUCUACCUCUGAUGCCCAGCUCGCCCUUAGGUUAUUCAUACGCCAAAUUCAAUAAAACACUAUUCACAUGUCCUUCCAAUAAUCUGAGCCUUCCUGGGUCAUUUUAUAACUAUAACAACUGCUCUAACUACCACAUCUACUAUGAUGGCUUUCAAAGUCUCGGAGAUUCUCCUGACUUACGGCGGCCAGGCCCUUUAGCAGCAUGUUCCAAGAUUCAUUUUGCAUUAAAAGACGUAUCAAAUGAUACAGACCCCUUCUCAUUUCUGUCUGAUCAGAUCGUGUUGGAAGUAGAAUUAUCCAGUGAUUGUAGACACUGUAUUCAUCACAGAAGAGGACACUGUCAACUUGACUCCCAAGGAAACUUCCUUUGCGUCACAGAUAUGAGUUUGGCUAUGAAGUUAGGACUGGGUAUUGGAAUCUCGGUAAUAAUUAUAAUCGGCGUGUUGCUGAUUAUAUGGAGUAGGAAAGCCAGAUGCGGUGUUGGUUUGUCCCCAAAUACAGAACCAGAGAGCUGCAGUGUCUUCUUUGGGAUCCCUGUCUUCUCCUAUAAGGAUCUUGAACUCGCAACAAAAUAUUUUGAUCGUUCCAGAGUACUUGGUGAUGGAGGCUUUGGCACUGUUUACUAUGGAAAACUAAAAGAUGGACGUGAAGUUGCCAUCAAGCGCCUAUACGAGAACAACUAUAGGCGUGUAGAACAAUUCAUGAAUGAAGUUAAGAUCUUAACUCGCUUGCGACAUGCAAAUCUUGUGUCCCUCUAUGGCUGCACUUCACGUCACAGCCAUGAGCUCCUGCUUGUUUAUGAAUUCAUUUCAAACGGCACAGUAGCUAGUCAUCUCCAUGGUGGAUCAGCAAGGCCUGCCUUUCUGCCUUGGCAUAUCCGAAUGAAAGUUGCCAUAGAGACUGCAACAGCAUUGGCAUAUCUCCAUGCUUCAGACAUCAUUCACCGCGAUGUGAAGACCAACAACAUUCUCCUGGACAACAACUUUUGUGUUAAGGUUGCAGAUUUCGGGAUGUCAAGACUGUUCCCGAAUGACGUCACACAUGUAUCCACAGCUCCACAAGGCACCCCUGGCUAUCUUGAUCCAGAAUAUCACCAAUUCUACCAGCUAACAAGCAAGAGUGAUGUGUAUAGUUUCGGAGUUGUGCUCAUUGAGUUAAUAUCAUCCAUGCCAGCAAUUGAUAUGAGAAGGCAUAAGGAUGAGAUUAGCUUGGCAAAUCUAGCCACAAACAAGAUUAGCAAAGGUGCAAUUGCAGAGUUGGUUGAUCCUUCCCUUGGUUUUGAGUCAGAUAGUGAUGUUAGAAGGGGAGUAAAUUUGGUAGCUGAAUUGGCAUUUCAGUGUUUACAAAGGGACAGGGACUUGAGGCCCUCAAUGGAUGCGGUGUUGGAGGCACUGAAGAGAACAGAGAGUAAAAAGGAAGAGGCUGAGGUGUCACAUGGUGAUGCGCAUUCAGCAGCAGAUCAUGAAGAAAUGAAAGUGUUGAAUCAAAUGAAUGCAACACCUUCAUCUUCUCCAACGGCAGUGACUGAUAAGUGGGAUAGUGAAUCUACUACUACACCACCUAGUGUCACUGCUCAAUCACGUAUUCAAUCUAAAAAUAGGAUCCUAUUUUAUAGAAGUUCUUAAAUGAAUUUUAUAGUUGGAAGUAUUUGUCAUUAGCUCUAUCUACCAUUAACGGUUUAGUGUUUGUAAUUAGCUAUUUAAGCUCUAAGGCAUUGUCAUAAGAUUAUACAAGAUUUUUCAAUGAGUCACCCAAGAAGAUUAAUUCUAG